AGGUCAACAGGAUUAACGGCGUUUCUCCGGUUAAACCUCGACGCCUCCCGAGCCGCGCGCGUCGUCACGAACCAAAAUGGCGUUAGUCGACUGGGAUUUAACCUCCACCGGAUUUCCGUCUUCAUCGGCCGUUCGUCAACAACAUACGGGUUCAUACGCGUUAUGACGUCGUGAUUAAGUUAUUGAACCGGACCGGUUCAAACUGAGAGCCUCCUGUUGUCAUGUCGACGGGGGGCGACAGAUGGCGCGUGCGCAAGGACGCUUAGCACACGCGCACUCAACGUGCACGUAAGAUUAUAGAAGGUUAAACCACGCGCACGCAAACCCACCGGCCUGCAGGCCGGAACGUUGAGGGUGGUUACAUAAGAAGAACCGGAGGGAACUCUGGGUAAUAAAAGGGGGGAGAUCUAUAAUUACAGGCUGAAACCAUAACGAAGCACUGCUGCCGGUUGUCGAUGACGUCACGAGGCGCGCGACAUCGCAGCCGUACAUCAGGAAGUAACAUGUUUCUUCCGAAUUUAGAGAGGCCGUCAUAGUUAUUAAUGGACUUAAUAUUAUACUUUUAUUUCCAGACAUAAUUAUAAUGUGUAACAACAACUCUUCUUUGGUCUCUGGAGACCAGACGGCUGUCAAUCACGACCAAAAGAUAGCGGAGCUGGUGGUGGACAACAGCCGCUGUGCGGACGGAGAGGUGGACGGUCUGACGGAGGCCUUCACGGGGCUGGAGUUCCUCAGCAUGGUCAACGUGGGCCUGAGCUCGCUGGCCAAGCUGCCCUCUCUGCCCAAACUGCACAAGCUGGAGCUCAGUGACAACAACCUGUGCGGCUCUCUGGGAACUUUGUCGGAGAAAUGUCCGAACCUGACGUACCUGAACCUCAGCGGGAACAAGAUCAAGGAGCUGAGCAACGUGGAGGCGCUGCAAAACCUGAAGAGCCUCCAGAGUCUGGACCUCUUCAACUGUGACAUCACGUCCCUGGAGGACUACAGGGACAGCGUGUUCGAGCUGCUGCCUCAGGUCACCUACCUGGACGGCUUCGACCAGGAGGACAACGAGGCGCCCGACAGCGAGGCCGACGACGAAGAGGAGGACGGGGCAGCGCCCGCCGGAGACUAUGACGAGGACGAAGACGAGGACGGCUCAGAGGGGGGGGGUGCGGGGCCGAACCGGGCCGAUCAGGACGACGACGACGAUGAAGAGGAGUUUGCGGAGGAGGAGGAAGAGGAGCAGCCCGGCGUUCAGAGAGAGAAGAGGAAGAGAGACGUGGACGACGAAGGCGAGGAUGACGGGGACGAAGACGACUAGCUCGUCCUAAGCCGUCUACUUGUCCCGUCUCAUUGGUACUCCAGAUGGACAGCCAGGCCGCGUGUCCUCCGCUAGUCUCCUUCCGUCAGUCUUUCUUUUUAGAUAAUAUAUAAGAUGUUAUCAGAACUUCAAGAGUCCACAUGUGUCCCUUUUAAGACCUGGUCCUGGAUUGGUCCGUCCCCCGACCCACUUCCUGACGUCUUGCUGCAGCGGAUCCACCAGCCCAAAAUCUAGACUGAAAAAUGUCCCGCCUGUCAACUGAGAUGUUUCAGAAUAGACAUGGAGACUACAAAAUGAUGUCACUUCCUGUCUGCUCUCCAACAUCAGCUGGAGUCCGACCACGAGACAGACAGUAAAGCCCUCUACCAACAGGGCCAAUCUGGACCAGAACAUGAGCGGGCUGGUUUGCUCCGGUCCAGCAGUCUCGUAGUCCCUCAAACCAUCACAGUGACGAGAACAUCUGUCCAUCUUCAGGAGCUUCCCGCUGCACGCCGGACUGAUACCAGUCCGAUCCCCAAGGGCUUCUCCCACAGUCCUAUCUGACUCCGGACCUUAUCAGGGACGUUUCCCGGACCUCUGUCCCCGUAGUCUGCUGUCCCCGCGUGUGUUUGAUUUGUUCUAGGGGUUCUCCAGGGGAAUAGAGUUCAGAUGUCUUUGUUUGUUUUGGUUUGUUGACUUUGUCCCUGUAGUGUCCUGGAAACCAAACGUUGCCGCCCUCCGUUCCUGUGAAAUACGAGCCCCCCGAAGGCCUCGCGUGAGCCCCCCGAAG